AGAGGGAGGCACGCCGCCAGUUUUGCAACUCGGAAGCCAAGUUGGGCGCCGAUCGUUGCCUCACUUCUCCGUUUUCCGUCGGACUCCAGACGUCAGCUCGCGAGCCGCUUUCCCUCGGAUUCGGGUUCGGGUUCGGCGCGCGCGCACAUGAGCGGGGCGACGGACGCGAAGUCCCCCGGCGAGGAGCGCGAACAGCUGCGCUCGGGGGUCGCCCAGGAGGGUCUCCCCGAGCCGGGGGACAAAGCGUGCCAGACGCGCCUGUCCAAGCGCCGCUGGCCGACGGUUCUCCUCUUCAGCUGCUACUCGCUGAGCAACUCGUACCAGUGGAUCCAGUACGGCAUCAUCAGCAACAUCUUCGUCAAGUUCUACCAAGUGGACGCCUUCACCAUCGACUGGAUGUCCAUGAUCUACAUGCUGACCUACAUCCCCUUCAUCUUCCCGGUGACGUGGCUGCUGGACAAGAAGGGUCUGCGGGUGGUCGCCCUGGCCGCCACGGCGCUCAACUGCGCCGGCACCUGGCUGAAGGUGGCCAGCGCCCGGCCUCACCUGUUCGCCGUCACCUUCCUGGGCCAGUUCUGCUGCUCCCUGGCGCAGGUCUUCAUCCUGGGCAUGCCGUCCCGGAUCGCGUCCGUCUGGUUCGGGACCAACGAGGUGUCCACCGCCUGCUCCGUGGGGGUCUUCGGCAACCAGCUGGGCAUCGCCGUGGGCUUCCUGGUGCCCCCCGUCCUGGUGCCCAACGUGGACGACGUGGACGCCCUGGCCCACCACAUCGGCGUCAUGUUCUACAUCACGGCGGGAGUGGCCACCUUCCUCUUUGUCCUCGUCGUCAUCGUGUUCCAGGAGCGCCCCGAGCUGCCCCCGACGCCGGCGCAGGCCGCGGCCCGAAGCGCCCCCCCCGAGCGCUACUCGUACGGCGCGUCGGUCGGGCGGCUCCUCCGCAACAGGCCCUUCAUCCUCCUGGUGGUCACGUACGGCUUGAACGUGGGCUGUUUCUACGCGGUGGGGACGCUGCUGAACCGCACGAUUAUCGAGCACUACCCGGGCGAAGAGGUGAACGCGGGCAGGAUCGGCCUGACCAUCGUCAUCGCCGGCACGGUGGGCUCGCUCAUCUGCGGCGUGUGGCUGGACCGCAGCAAAACCUACAAGCAGACCACCCUGGCCGUGUACUUCAUGUCUCUGGUGGGCAUGAUCGCGUACACGGCCACGCUGGGCCUCGGGCACCUUUGGGUGGUCUUCGUCACCGCAGGAGUUCUCGGGUUCUUCAUGACGGGCUACCUGCCGCUGGGCUUCGAGUACGCCGUGGAGCUGACGUAUCCCGAGUCGGAGGGGACGUCGUCCGGCCUCCUCAACUGCUCGGCGCAGGUCUUCGGCAUCGUCUUCACCAUCUGCCAGGGCAAGAUCAUCGACAAAUUCGGCACCUUGCCCGGCAACGUCUUCCUGUGCGUCUUCCUGCUGGUGGGCACCGUCAUGACGGGCUUCAUCAAGUCCGACCUGCGGAGGCAGAAAGCCAACGCGCCGGCCUUAGCGGAAGCGCAAGUGCGAUCUUCGGACAGGCCAGGAGGGGGCGUGCCCGCUGGCGCCGUCAUCCAACGAGCAAAGUUUUAAAAAGAGCCCAAAUGGCGUCGUUUCCGUCGGACGACGGUAAUUGUUCAGCCCGAUUAUGCAUCAAUUCGUGUUCUAUUCAGCUUUUGUCAUUUUAAAUGAAAAUGUCAAAAUAACCUUGACCGUCGUGAAUCCCGUGUGCCUUGAAAUCGUUGCCAGUACGGAAAAUGUGGAUUUGGCGAAGACACAAAAUGUCUUUGACGAGACGAAAAGAAAACGUGUCCGAGUUCCUCUCGUCUUGUCAGUCAGCGACAUGUUAAAUGUGACAUGAAUGAUUUUUUUUUUUAUACCGCGUCUAUAUUUGUACGUCUCUUUUUGGAAUUGACAUAAAAAUAUUUUGAAGACGA